CCACUAGGUGGCAGCAGCUUUGCUGAGAAAUAUCACUGCGCAUGCGCAACUGACGUUAUUCAACAAACAUGGCGGCGUGCUACGUGAGAGCAGUCAGGACAGCACUGAAAGGUCUACACCUUGUUCCUGGCCGGUGGCUCCUCACGCAGAGCGGCCAAACCCCGGCAGUGUGUCGGUGUUCGCGGACGCUACACGUCUCCUCUGCCGCCUCUCUGAGCAGCUCCAAGACAGAGCCACAGAGGAGCAGCAGCACAGACAACAGGAGAGCCAGGGAGGAGGAGGAGGAGGAGGAGGAGGAGGAGGAUGAAGAUGCGGAGUACAUCCCCAAGAGGAAGGCAAAGAACCCCAUGGUGAAGAUUGGCUAUGCUUGGAUGAUAGGCCUCCCCACAGGCAUCAUCAGCUUCAUCCUGGCCAAGAGAGAAGUGGACAAAAACCGACUGAAGCAGCUGAAGAUUCGACAGAGGAUGCAAAAUUCAAACGAGGGAGACUACGAAGGCAGUCGUUACCGCCGUCACACAGAUGUUAACCUGGACCAAUAAAGUUCAUGAUUGGCUGUGAUGAUUUGCACCGUAUCCUGAAUGUCAGACUGAGACAGUGAAUCCUGCACUACUGCCCAAGGACAGAAGAGAUGUCAACUCCAUGAGCGUUGAAACACGCUCUGUGAGACACUCUGGGCAACUGUUUCUUCUAAAAGUGGACACAGGAAAUCUGGGAAGGAACAUGUCCAUGACAAAACCUUCCACCAGGACAGUUUUUUUUUUUUUCUUCUUUCUCAUGAACAUGAGAAUGAAAAAAUAUGGAGAAUGACCAUAUAUGUGUUGGCCAUGAUGAUCUACAAGAAAAAAAAUAAAUAGAGGAAACAAAUAAAAGCAUAUAUUUAUAAAUCA